UUAAUCCUUGGAAUACAUAUAAUAUACUAUAACUUUGUAAUAUUAUGCAUAAUUUUUUUAAAAUACUUAAACUAUUCUGAUGGCAUACUGAAGUAUACUUUUUAGGUUUGUGCCACUGCUGUUGUUCCACUGUCUUCAAACACGUUCAGAAAGGAGUCAUGGGUUGAACAAGCGUAGCAACAUUUUUGACAAUGUGUUAUGUCUAUUGUGGAAGUGUGACAGUGAUGUCUGGGUUGAGCAUGGGGCACAGCUGUGGCGAGGGGUCAGGAGGAGAAGGGUUACACAGCAAGGAGUCUGAGCUCCAGCCGACCAAUCGCCGCAGAAACGUCUGAAUGGCACACUGCGGGUAGAGGGACAGGGCAGGGCAGUGAUGAGACAGCGCUCUAGGCAAACCAGCCCGUCAGGUUUCCCACGCACAGUGAAACCCCUUGAUGACAGAUGGCAAGGGUUGCAGGUGACAGGAAAACCUUGAGCUGUCUACACAGCACAAGAGAGAUCAGUCCAGACCUAGCUGAGCUGAAAGAAAAGACCUACUUUUUUUUUUCUCAGACUGUGGGGGGAACAGAGCUGGUCUAUGUUGGCCUACUUUUCCAAUAGUAAAAUCAUUAUAUGCUGCACUAAUGUAACCUAAUAUAAUCACACUGAUGCAGCUGGUACAUGUGCUCAGCCUCAAGCCUCAUAUUUGCGUCUAUUAAUGGAGCUGAAAGGGAUGGGGUGGAGGAUCUGUCCUGAUACAGCAGCUCUGAUGAGAUAGUGCUCAACUGUAAAUAAAUUUCUGCUAUGAUACGGUCGCAGGAGCCUAAUGGAAGUGCGUUGUCCCAUUAUUAAGGCUGAAGGGCAAUGCACUCCACAGUGAAGGAGACUAUUGUUCUUUGUUCCUGCUUGAGGAAACAGCGUGCGGGUUAUUACAGGCAACCAAUAGCAGCUGUGUGUCGAAGCCGCAUGUGUGCAGGGGAAUGCUUUGCAACACUGCUCUAUGCCUGUCACAGUUAGCUCUGUGUGUGUGUAGAUAUGUCAUGUGCAUGUGCAGAGGUGUGUGCGGUGCAACACGUCACAUGGAUGAAGCAGUAUGCGUGGACGUCACUGUGAUGUCUCAGAUUCCUGCCUUUGUGUCCAGAUGCCGUUCCACAUGCAUGCUCUCCUCUCUGGCUUUGUCUCGUCCCCUCUUCAUCUUUCAGUCUCUCUGGGUUUUGACUCAAAGCCCAGCAGAACAGAGAAGAGGUUCAGUCCCAGUUUCCACUAAAGGUUUCCAGUUAAGGGCUGCUGCAGCCAUUCAGCAGGAGCAUCAGUGUUCAAUUACCUCUGGAGCUGGCCAGUAGAGAGAUCCUGUUACUUUUGACAGGUUUAAGACACCAGCUCCACCUCUAAUUAGAUUUCCAGAGCCUCCAAGUUUUCUUUGUUUUCAGCCCUGUAGCUGCAGUGUAUUUUAUUUAUUUAUAUAUUUGUUUGUUUAAAAAGAGCUCCUUCAAAAGAGCUUACUGAGUAAUUUGAAACCACAUUAGUGGUUAAUUGGUUUGGGUAUGUCAUUAUAAAACUUAUUAUAAAACAAACACCCUAUUGAGUCAAAGGUUUCCCCCCCUUGUUUCCAUAUCAGAAAGCUUGAUUAUGUAUUCUGCCAUUAGAUACAGCAGACAACAACAACAUACGUCCAUAAAACAAUAGCACACAUAAUGUAAUUGUGGGUGUAGUUAUUAUUCUGACUGAGCCUCAGUAUAACACACACAAUGUGGGAGAUCUGUAUUGCACUGAAUACUUAAAAUCGCAAAAUACCACAUGCAAAUAGUUUCCGAUUCGUUUUUUUUUUUUUUUUUUAUAUCUUCAGUAUCUGUUUGAUUUGCUGUUUGCGUUUGUGAACUAGUUGAAUGGGGGCAGGUCAGGAUGUAGAAGUCGAGCUGAAGUUUCAAGAGGUAGCUCAGUGGAGUGGAAUGAGCUGCCCUCCACAACAAUGCUGUGUGUUGACAGCCGAGUGCAUGGACAGGGUUAGUGGAAUGUCCCCUUCAGACUGUGAGCAGAGCCCUUUGUCUAAGCUCCAGCGCUCUGCCUCACAGACUAUUCAUUCUUCUACCUGAAGGAUGAUCAUCCAAAAAACCAAAUUUUUAUGAUAAUGUACAACUCCCUUGUGAGCUGCUGGAUUAUUACUUUCCAUUCCUUCUCCCGUCCAACAGCAGCAACCGUUGCCUGCGUGGGUGUUCAGUUUGGGACGAAACAAAUGGACACAGUGACCCACAUAGAGCUGCUUUGAUGUGACUGUGGGACAGGCAGUCUCCCUAUCGGCCUGGGCCCACUUCCUGUCCUUACGUAAAAGGCACAACUCCACUGUGUGAAUGCAACUUUGCCGUAAAGCCGCUGUGCUCUGCCACCCUAUCACCAUGAAGAGCAAGUAUUCCCAGUACCACAAUAAGACUCUGAUCCACUCCUACUAUGCCUUCGCUAAGAACAUGACCCCCCAGGAUCUGGACAAACAUAUUGAGAACAAAAAGCACCUCACCACCCUCAAUAUUGUCAUCGUGGUCCUCUGCACCAUCAUCAUCCUGGAGAACCUGCUGGUCCUCAUUGCUGUCUGCCGCAACAAGAAGUUCCACUCUGCUAUGUUUUUCUUCAUCGGCAACCUGGCAUUCUCUGACCUGCUGGCAGGGUCGGCCUACAUAGCCAACAUUUUUCUAUCAGGGUCAAAGACCUUCGAUCUGAUGCCUAUACAGUGGUUCGUCCGGGAGGGUACGGCUUUUAUCGCUCUGGCAGCUUCAGUUUUCAGCUUGCUGGCGAUAGCCAUGGAACGUUAUCUUGCUAUCACCAAGGUCAAGGUGUAUGGCGCCACAAAAACGUGCCGCAUGUUUCUUUUGAUAGGAGCGUGUUGGGUCACCUCCAUCCUGCUCGGAGGACUGCCCAUCAUCGGUUGGAACUGCAUCAACAACCUCUCGGACUGCUCAGCCGUUUUGCCACUCUACUCAAAGAAGUACAUCGUCUUUGUUGUCACCAUUUUCAGUGUCAUACUACUCUCUAUUGUCAUCCUCUAUGUGAAAAUCUAUUUGAUUGUACGCUCCAGCCACCAGGAAGCGACCAACUCAGCCGCCUAUUCUCUUUUGAAAACUGUCACUAUAGUACUGGGUGUGUUCAUCAUGUGCUGGCUGCCCGCUUUUACCAUCCUCCUCCUAGAUUCAUCCUGCAAGAUACAAUUCUGCCCUAUCCUCUCCAAAGCGGACAUAUUUUUUGGCCUUGCCACUCUGAACUCAGCGCUUAACCCAGUCAUCUACACGCUGCGCAGCAAGGACAUGAGAAAGGAAUUUCUGCGUGUGUUGUGCUGCUGGGGGGUGCUGCAAAGUGGGCGGCCCUCUGACCGCUGUCUGGUCCCUCUAAAGAGCUCCAGCUCUCUGGAACACUGCACCCACAAACACGAACAACAGACCACACCCAUCAUGCAAGACUGUACCACCUGUGUCUGAUAUGGUGCAAACGCAUCUUUGAAUGCUUUUGUGCGUAUGUGUGUGCGUGACAGAGACAGAGUGAGAGUGAGUAUGAGUGAGACAAAGGAUAGCAUGUUCAAGAGAUCAAGUAGAGAAGGCUGUGAUGAGACAGAGAUGUUAACAAACAAGCAAGCACACCCGGGACUGAUAUGCCCCUUAAGGCUGUGACACGACUGUCUACAGUGCAGACUUUUCCUUAUUACAAUCAAAAUUGUGUGCAUUCACAAUCAACAUUCAGUCUAUUCACCCAUGCAGCAGGGGUUAAAAAAACAAUGUUGGACCAACUUUGUAGGUAAGAACUUGAAAAAAUGUGAAAAUAGCUUUUUCAUGGGUACUCUUGAUAACUAAUAUGGAGUUGCAAACCAUUUUCAUGUAUAUGCCUGUGUUCUUGUUUUUGCUUCUAAACAUGUAAACGCCUAUUAAAAGCCAAAAAUCGAGACAUAACAUGCAUAAUAUCAUAGCUAUGGUGAGUUGUUUUAGGCCUUAAAGAACUGCAUCAAUGCAAAGCUUGCAAAGUAGCACUUUGUAGACUACUUCAGAGAUUGUUUCCUUCAUAAGGUUUAAUCUCAUAACUCUCCUUUAUUGAUAUACAGUAUGUAUAUAUUAGGCCUUCAGAUCCAUCAUUCAUUCUUUACAGAGCUGGAGACAGUGGCCAACUUCACUCAGCACUGCACUCUACAGAAACCAAAUACCACAAGGGCUCCCUCAACAAAACCAGGGCUGUGUACUCCCUAUAAGACCUUGCUUAAACCAUUUGAUUAAUUACAACAAACUUACAUAAUCCGCAUACAUUUAAUGCAUGCAAAUUCUAACUCAUUUGUAAGCGCUGAUUUGUAUGAUAUAUUCCAGCUCCAGCUUUCAUCACUAACACCCCUGUCCCAUUUGUCCUCAUAAUCUGUCCCUCUUGCUUUUACUGUUGUCUUUUUUAUCUUAACAGUUUCCACUGAGGAAGGCCUAAUCAGAAAGCACAUUUCCUUAAAUGAGUUGGCACUGAUGAAUUUCACUUGAUGACAGAUGUGCAGCAGAUUUGACUAAUGGGACCAAUGUCCUGGCAGUGUUGUAGCAACGUAGCAGCAAUGUGCUGUCUCUGUUUGUGCCUUCCUCUUGGGGAAUUAGGCUGAAUGUAUGUAUGAAGUGUUUGGGGCAGGUGCUCCAUUUUUGACAGUAUUAUUGAUCAUCAUUUCGAAUUACCAAGUCAUUGACGUUCAGUGAGUGGGAUGAAACAGGGUAGGCUGCUCUCACUGUGAAGCCUUAAAUAGCACCAUGAACAAGAAUUUGUUGUGAACAUCCUGGUCUAAUUUGCUAGCCAUAUGCCUCGUGCAGCCAAAGAUGCAGGCACGUCUGAUCUUUCCAAAGACCCCUCACACCCAAUUACAAAUGGGAGAAGAUCCGGUUUCAAACACACAGGGGAGAUCUGCCCUCCUGGGAGGUCAGCUUCAUCCUCAUUCAUCUGACACUCUACAACAUGCAACUUCCUUGAGCCAUAGGAAGUCCUGUUUUUCAUUGUCUGGUUCCUGUUGUUGUGGGUUAGAUUAACCUUCCUCCUGUAGACACACAUGUAAAUCUCUCUCCCACUCAUUGUUUUUUAAAUCGACUUUUACAAAUAAGAUGGGCAAGUAGAAAUGGUGAAAAGCACUUUGGCAGCUUCAGUGAUGUUUGCUUUCCCCCAGUUUUUUUUUUUUUUUUUUUUUUUUUUAGAUGGAGAGGUUUUAAUCUGCGCACCCAUCACUUCAUUGCUUGAUUCUAUGAUUUUUAUGAUAAAUACAUGUAUAACUAUGUAUGUUUGUAAGUAUGUAUGUAUCUCUGUACAAUAUGUAUGAUUUGUCUUGUAUGAAAUGUCUCGUGUGCAAUAGCCUUGUGUGUCCAGUAGCACGCUGCCUGUGUUAAAUCGGUACAACCUGAAACACUAAUGUAGGUACAUAAACAUUUUGUUAACUGCAUUCCUUUUUUAUAAAAUAAAUGAAAUACUGAAUGAG